AUGGAUAAUGAUAAAGAAAUGGAAAGUACUAAACCUGAAGAAAAACGAGAUACCAUUCCUGGAUUUUUUACCUCUCUUAACAAUUGGUACUGUAUGUCAAAGUUACAACAUAAAGGACAUUUAUUCUUUCAUGAAGAACAACAGCGGCAUAAACGAAGUAUUUUUCGCGUUAAUCUUGGUUAUGAUGCAAUAGCUAUACUAACGAAUGAAGAAUCACAAUUACUCUUUGAUAGUAGUAAGGUGGCAAAAGAAGAUUGCUACGGAAUAGCGCUACAAAAUGUUCAGUCACUAACAAAUUAUCCUAUAGCAUCUUUAUGGAGUGAUCAAGCUAAAAAGGAUAGAAAAUCCUUAAUAAAUGAUGUUGUCCAGCUAAUUCCUGUUAACUAUUUUAUUAAAGUGGUAAGUGAUACCAUUAAAGAACAUUUUCAACGUUGGGAAGACAAGUACGAAGUUUAUCUAGGCAAUGGUCCACCCGGUAACUGGGAACGAGAUAUUCAAGAAUUUUGUAGUAAUGCAAUCAGUUCUUUAUUGUUAGGUACACGAGUUGAAUUUCAGUCUGCUUCUGAUUGCUUGGAAGCCAUGCUGAUGAUAUCAAGGCUGUUCGUUAAAACUGGAUCGUUUAAUCGUGGUAUUAAAGCUACCAAAGUAUUAUUACAACAAAUUGAACAGUCGCCUAAUUUCAAGAAACUCGCUAAAAUUGGAGAAUGCUAUUCGUUAACUCAAGAUUUUGUUAAAAUUAACAUUCUUUAUAUCAUGAUGCAAGACAAGGAACAUCUAAUUCAAAGUACCUCCCAGGUCUUGACUAAUCACUCAGGAUUAUCUGAAAGUGCAAUGUUAGAUAUGACUGACUUAAAAUCAUUUGUGAUGGAGACAUUAAUUGCCAAUAAUGGUUUAUAUCAUAUAAAUACUCCUAAUAGAAAUGAUAUGAAUAUCAGUGUCGAUGGCUCUACUUAUAAUAUUCGUAAAGGGCAGAGAUUGCUUGCCAAUCUAUAUUGGGCAAACAGAGAUCCAAAAUGGUUUGAUAAUCCAGAUGAAUUUCAACCAUUUCGAUUUAGUAACUAUCCGUCUUUAAAAAGAUGUUUAUUAUGGGAAUAUGGAUGCUUUGGCGAUGAAUUUGAAGGUUUAGAAGAGAAUAAGAUCAUCCCCGUUCGUGACGUAGCGGAUGCUCGGUCAUUGCUUUUUUCUGCUGGAAAUCAAUAUUACGUUAUUAAAACAACAACUACAAUCACUCGCUUCCGAGAUGGCAAACCAGUCGUGGAAGUUAAUGAAGAAUACAAAUCUGGACAAGGUAAAGACGGGAUGUCAGAAUUAAAAUCUGUUUUAAAAGCCAAUGAUAUUAAUGAAUCAGUAAUACAUACCGUCAAUCAUAGCACUACUUCCAAUCUUGGUAGUGCCCAUAAAAAUGUAAUUAUUCGGAAAAGAUCACGUAAACAAAAGCAAAAGUCGACUGAAAAAAACGAUUAG